CGACGCGACCUUUAUAUAAGCAUUUACCGCUAUUCUAUGAUUAGUCAUACCCGCAUCGUGAAUACAUCUGACACUUCUCUUUCAGUUCGAUAAACAACGUGUCAGCCGGUCAACGCGUAUUCGCUGGAUAAAAACGCGCCGCUCGUUACCCUCGGGAAUAUUUUUUUCACUCGAACUGAGCGAAAUAUCGCGGAAAAUGUGAGCAUGAAACGAUGACCGUAGUGAAUUUGACUAUGUCUCCUAUUAGAAAACGCAAUUGCUUUUUGAUAUUUAUCGGAAUCGUCUUUGUGCCGUUUUGCUUCUUCGUUAUUUUAUCAGCGCCAGAUAUGUCUUCUGAAGAUGCACUAGUAGAGAGGAUAGCCGAGCUUCAAGUCAGAAUUCAAUAUUUGGACUCCAUGUACAGAUCUCGACAAGAGGACCUGCAGCAAAUGAGCCAGCAUUUCGAUCAAAGCUACAACGUGGAUAACAACACGAGCAAUUCACCGCACGCGUCGGACGUCAAGCAUGCGAUCAGAAAUAUGUCAGGAUUGCACGUGGCUAGCGGCUUAAAUCCCAGCGUAUCGAUAAAGUUUCCGACCGCUUAUCAAUUUCUGCCGCACUUGUUGGACGAUCCGAACAGUUUGAAACUAUCGUAUAUGCUGUCGAAGAACAGGGACGGAGUGUCGUUGGUUUUGGGAAUCCCCACGGUGAAGAGGGAGAAAUAUAAUUAUCUGAUGGAUACGCUUCAGAGCCUCAUCGAUGGACUUUCCGAUGAGGAAAUCGAUGAUACGCUUAUUGUAAUUUUUGUAGCAGAGACUGAUUUGGAUUAUGUUCUCAAAGUCGCUAGCGAAUUAGAAAGAAAAUUUCCACUGCACUUAGAGUCUGGGUUAAUUGAUAUAAUCGCACCAUCUCCAGGAUACUACCCAAAUUUUGAAAAACUUCAAAUAACAUUGGGCGAUUCCUUGGAAAGGGUAAAGUGGCGAUCCAAGCAAAAUUUGGAUUACGCUUUUCUCAUGACCUAUUGUCAAAUCAAAGGAACCUUUUACGUUCAACUUGAAGAUGAUAUAAUGGCCAAGCCAUCCUACAUGACAACAAUGAAGAAGUUUGCUCUUGAGAAAACAUCGAAGAAAGAACCGUGGAUUAUCCUUGACUUUUGUCAAUUGGGUUUUAUAGGAAAAAUGUUUAGGAGUACACAGCUCCCUUGGCUUAUUCAGUUUUUCCAAAUGUUCUUCAAUGAUAAACCAGUGGAUUGGUUGCUAGAUUAUCUAAUAACAACUAAAGAAUGUAAUUGGGAUAAACGCGAUAAUUGUAAGAGUGAUAAAGCCAGGGUUUGGAUUCAUUACAAACCGUCGCUAUUUCAACACAUUGGAAUGCAUUCGUCCCUGAAAGGAAAAGUUCAAAAAUUAAAGGACAAACAAUUUGGAAAAGUCGCAUUAUUUUUCCCUCACGUUAACCCUGAGGCUGACGUUACCUCAGGAAUCAAGCAUUACAAGCAAUAUUCCUUAAGAAGGGCGUACCAUGGGGAAACCUUCUUUUGGGGGCUGUUACCCCAACCUGGCGAUCAGUUAGCAUUCAAUUUCAAAUCGCCAGUAUUAGUUAACAAGUUUUUCUUUCGAAGCGGAAACGCCGAGCACCCUACUGAUAAAUUUUACAACACCACCGUCGAAGUUCAACCUGUCGAAGCCGUAAAUCCAAAUUCCAACGUUUUGAAUGUAACCCAGGAUGGCUUCGUUGUCGUUGGUAAAUUCGAUAGCGCUGGCAUCGCAACUGGUUCCAUUGACGAAAGCAUCGGAAGGAUAAAUAUACUUAGAUUAAAUGUCCACAGUGAAAGCGACAAUUGGGCGAUAUUGAGCGAGAUACACAUACAAGAGAAAAUGGGCAAGAGGUGACGAAGGGAAAAAAUUCACGCUUUGCAUUCAACAUUUUUGUACCAGCACAUACCUAGGCGGUUGUAAGAGCGUCGAGGGGCGCACAAUCUGUGAUAUUUUUGUUAUUUAAACUGAGUUUACGAGGACAUCGAAAUGUCGGAACUGAUCUUCGAAGUAUUCGCACAGGGUCCUGCAGUUAUUACUUCUGUUUUUUUUUAUUUUGUUUGAUUUAUAUUUUGAAAGCAGUAUUACAUGUUUCUCGAAUUCUAUUUCUUUGCGAUAAUUAUUGGUGUUUAUUGUAAGUCAUAAUGGGAAGGUACUGUAUUGCAAACCUAAUAAAUAUAAACAAUUAAAAAUAAAUUUAAUUAGGUAGGAUUAAAAUUUAAUAUAAAUAAAUAAAUAAUGAAUGUUGAAUCAUGUAAUUGUGAUGCCACUUUCCAUAGUAUUCCAUAGUUGAUGUUAAUCUCUGUGUUUAUUAUAGAUUUAUUUUUUAUUUUUGUGGUAAUAAAAGUUGGGACGGAAAUAUGUAAGUUUACAAAAAUUGCACUACAAUCAUAUUGAUCGCUUAUUAACUUGCAUUACUUUGAACAAUUUCUGUGCGCAAUGUAAAAGUGCAAUUACGUUAUAUUAACGAUUUCAAUAGAAACUUUUCAAUUAAUUAAUUUUUAUCAACUAUUUUCCAUUAGAUUUAUAAUUUCGUAGAAAAUACCCGAUGUAAAAAUUUCACAUAUUCUCUGUGUAGUUUCUUACUCAUAAGACCAAUAUAUCGAACUGUUAAUGUGCUCAAAUAGAAUCUCUAUUUUAUUUUUAUUUAACAAACUCUUGAAUAAAAAAAACUAUACUCUAAUAAAUUUUUGAUAUAUUUUCAUCUAUUUAGCUAUUAAACAAACGACUGUUCAUUAUACAUGCAAAAUCGUGUAGAUAUCGAAAACUUUAGUUGUAUUUUUGCAAUUCCAGAUUUUUACUGCAAUUUAAUCAAACACAUGAAGCAUUAAAUUGUGAUAUACAUACAGGGUGUUUCUUGAAUAAAUUUUAUGUUUGUUUUAUAAUCUGGAAUCAGUACGUGAUUUUCGCCCUAAUAUUUUUGUUAUAUCUAUUCUGUUGUUUUUACAAAUAAAAUG